UACCCAACGGUAUAAAAUGCUCUUCCGCCCGGCCUCACGUCCCGCAGCCCUAGAAAUCACUCCCGCGAAGCCAUGGGCACCUCCACCGCCCAACCGCCGCCGUCCUCCGCCGCGGAUUCCCUCCCGCCGCCGGCCGACUCCGUCCAGCUCAGCCCCUCGUCCCAGAAGAGGAUCGGAAAACUUGCUGACAUGGUUCUGGCCAACCUCGCCAAGUUGGGCCCUACCAAUGGAACGCCUGCAUCCCAUUCCCGAAACAGCAUCGAGAAGCGACUCAGCAAGCUAUUCCCAUCAUUCCCCACUCCCGAUCACCCUACCUAUGCCUUGAUGAUUCGCAGGGCAAUUCAGGAACUAAAUGAGGAAGGGGGAUCUAGUGAGGAAUUAAUAUCUAAGUUCAUUAAGGCAGAAUAUCAGGAUUUGCCAUGGGGACAUGCCAGCUUGUUGAGCCAUCAUCUAAAGAAGCUCAGUGAAUGUGGGGAGAUUGUUUCUGCAUCAGUGAACCGUUACAUUUUACCAUUUGGUGACAACAAUUUGUUCAAACCUGGUCGGAGGGAUAAAAGUAAGAGAGGUGGCCGGCUAAGGAGAGAGGAAGAAAAGUUACACAAAAGGAAAAAUUCAUUGUCUGAGAAAGAGAAUCUUGGAGUUGGGGAUAGAAGUAAGCAGCAAGGUUUAGUGAUUCAAGUUACCAAUCCACCGAAGAAAGCUCUUCCGUCACUAAGGAAGACUGAGGGCACAGAUCAAUCACAGCAUCAGCAAGUUCAGCCAAAUAGACUACAGAAGUUGGAUGUGAUGAAUAAAGGAAGAAUAGGGGUUGAAGCAAAUGAAGUUCUACAUGAAGCACAUAUGCAGGAAUGCAAAAGAAUUGAGGUCUUAGAGAAGGCACGAGAGGGAAUCUUUCAAGCAAUUGAAGAAGAAAAACAAGAGUGCCAACAAUCCAAAGCAGUUCAGCUGAAAGAGGAACUUCCUCAACAGCGUAAAAUAAUUGAAGAAUCUAGACCUGCAGAGCAGGAAAACGAAGUAAUUGAAAAUCAAGCUCAAUUGCGUGUGCAGCAUGACAAAGAUCACAGUCAAUCAAUUGUUCACAAGGAUGAACAUGACAAAGAUCAUAGUCAAUCGAUUGUUCACAAGGAUGAAGUUCAAAAACAAAUUGUGGUUGUUGUGGAGCAGCAUCCACGGCAUCAAACCCAGGAUAAUGAAGCCAUGGAAGAAGAAUAUGUAGGAGAAGACCUUGAUGGGAAAUUAGUUGAACAGGAUAAAGUUGAAGUCAUCAGGGAGCACGACCUACAAGACCAAAGGUGUGAGAUUCUUGGCGUACAACUCCAUAUGUUGGAAGAAGAAAUAUCAGGGAUGGAAGAGCUAACCAAUCACCCGAGGCAACAAAUUGGAUUGGCUGACGAAGAUGUUGUCGCCCAGAAACAUUAAUUGAAUCAAGGAACAGAAGUAAUGAUGUUUGCGUGGUGCAGAAGCAGUCACAUGAGAAACAAGCGGAGAUUCCCUCUAUUGUGGUCAGACCGGAUCUGUUUCCUACUCCUACUUUUGCGGAAGCAGGUCCGUCACAAAUUUCUAAGGAGAAGUGUAUAGAACUGCUUAAGCGGAACAAAGAGAUUGAGGGUGGCUCAUGGCAAUUUUGGAAUCUUGGAAUGCGAUGGGGUCAUCAAUCCACACGCCUCGGCAGAAUCUGUCGGUGGAAUGCAAGGAUCAUGAAGCUGUAGAGGGGCAAAAGUUGACAACUGACAUUGGAGAAAAAGAAAUUUCCACAGAGAUGUGCUGGCAAGAAGAGAUUCAUACUCAAGUGAAGGCACCGAUAUUUAAUGUGAAGAAACAAGUGGAGCUUUCUAGUUCCAAGAGGCCCCCAGAGGUUGAAGCAGUAGUAUUGCACAAUCAAUCUCUGAGGGAGAAGCAACCAAAGCUUUCUGACCAUGACUUACCCAGAUCACUGGAAUUUGAAUCAGAGGCACUAGCAACUAAUCAUACUGUGAACAAGUCCACUGGAUCAGGAUCAGUAACUACUGGUGCACCUUUUGAUGUGCCACCUGUGGAUUUAGGGAAGUUUAAGAAGGUCCAAGAAACCGAAAUUUUUGCUCCUAAAUAUCAUGCUGAAAGUUUCAGUAAGCAGAAGCCACCUGAGUCUCAGUUGGAUGCACAAGAGGAUGCGCAGUCCUAUGCACAAGCACAAUUAUUAGAACCUUCAUUUGAAGGAAAAACUUCACAGGUUAGAUCGCCAUUCAAGGAAGAACCUGCUUUGCCACAUGGACCUGUGGAUUUGGAGCAUGGUCAGAGAAGCCAAAUGCCACACCAGUUGCAGCUCGAUGGGGAGGGGCAGCAAGAACUUUCUGUUCACGGCCAUGCGGUGGUGCUAGAAGCAGCCAACUUUAUGCCUCCAUGUUUGACUCAAGUGCAGAAUCUUGGACAACAGCAGCAAGCGAAAACCCAGCCUUGGGGACAAGGCUUCUUGAAUGUCAAAGGAAAUGGUGCUUCUGCCUUUAGGGUGGAAUCAAUAUCACCCCAGAGCAAGCAACUGAGUCCUGAGCAGCAUAAAUUUUCUGAAUCCCAAACAAGUCCUGUAUCUGCAUUUGUAGUUGGACUGCCUGCAGCAGUGCAUCAUGACCAGGUGCAGAAUGAACUGCGAUGUGAAAAGUUACUUCCUCGGGAUUGGGAGCUUCCUCCUUCCAAAGAAUCUGCACUCCCUUUAAUUAAUGAGCGAGAGAACAAGGCAAACAAGAAUAGCAGGCCGAUCAGGUGCUAUAGCCUAGAGUUAUUUGAUCGUGAAGCAGUUGCUCCUUUUACAUUUUUGCCGAAGUCCCCGCAGCCAGAGCAGCAGAAGAGAGAAAGGCUUUUGCAGCAGAAGCCCCUCCAAGCUGAAAAGAUGGCUACAGCGGCUAAAAUGUUACUCCUUCGGCAUCAACAUGAGCAGCCAUGUGAGCUUAAGAGCAUUGGGAACCACUUGCAGCAAGGUGAGCCAAAGCUUCAAAUUGAAGAACUGGAAUCAAAUCACCAGUUGUCCAAAAUGAAUUUGGAGAUUCUGCAUAAGGCAGUGGACAUUCCGCAGCAACCACAGCAUCGGAUAACUAGGAGGUAUGCUAAACGGCAAAUGUUGCGACAGCAAUCAUUGUUGUACAAGCACAAAUUGCGCCGUCGAGUGUCAGGGCCCUCUCAAGGUGAUCCUAGCUUGGAUAGAGUACCUGCAGAUUUGUUGCCAUUAAAACAUGACACUACUGUCAGUGCUGUUGUGCAACCACAGAUUGUGCAACAGGGGCAACGACAGCUUAAACGCCAUGGGAGGACUCCUCAACCCAAGCAGCAGGAACAACCGGAGAUUAAACAUCUUGAGAGACCUCCUAAAUUAAGACCAGAUGAAGAUGGAGUUGUCAGGACCCCUCCUUUAGAUCAGCAUCAUCAACAAUCGUGUGGUCCAGUCCAAGGAGACCUUGUAAACGAAAAGCCAGUGAUGCUACAAAUGAAGGAACCCUGCCUUCUUCUGAGCAUGCACAGAAGCAGCAUCUUGGAAGACCUCCUAAACCAAAACCUGUUUUACCUGCAGGACCUGUUCAUCUGACAGUAAUUGAUAAAUCACAGAGAUCCGAGCUUUCGUCUGGUGCUAUGAACGGGCAGGUCACGGGUGGAGAAAGAAUCGAGAAGCCCCUUCCUGAGCUGGCGUGUGCACCUCCACAAGUUCAGGGUGAAGGGGAACUCCCUGCGUGAGGUGCAUGGUGUCGUAGCGGCACAAAAAGCACUUGUCAGGCAUGAGGCUUCACCUCCGGCCAGAAGGUUGAUCUCAAUGCUUCUAGGAGGACUACUUGGGCAUAGAGGACAAGAUGCCGAAGCUGGCUGCUAAGGCCUGCUGAGAGGGCAUGAGGGGAUAUAUGUACAGAUGUGUGUAAUUUGCCUUUUCCAUUGCCCUGAUUUGUCUUAUAAAGCCUGGAGCUUGUGGAUGCGCUUUUGGUUGGGAAUUUUGCUUUGUCUUUGACAUGUUUGCUAGCUCUGCUAUUUACCAUCCGGACUGAGUUAUACUUUUUCGCCUUUUAAGUUGUGAUUCUACAUCGGGGGAGAGCGUCCGCGGACCGUGGGCACCUCGAUCGGCACUGUAUCGAUAUUUGGCAGUGGCACCACAAAGGCACAGUCCAAACAUAGUUUUUUUUUUUAAUGGAGGGGUGCCUGUAUCUCUUCACUGUUUUAGCUUAGAAAGUGGAAUCUUGAAGUCGAGUGAGGAAAUUGCUUGACCGUAUGAAUCAAGCAAGUUGGAUGAGUUGAUUGUCAAAAGAAAAAA